UGGGCAGAGCGGGAGCCGUGCCCCGGGAGCGCGCAGCGCCGCCAGCAUCGUCCUCUGGGGUUAGCGGGCACCCGCGGGGCGCGGGCAGCGCUGAGGUGUUACCGCUGCGGGACCCGGAGCGGCUGGGGCUUGCCGGCGGGGAUGCUGCAGCAUGAACCCACCGCUUAGAGAGCAGCGAUCGCGCCGCCUCGGCACCGCUCCCUGAGCCAGCCCGACAGCAGCGUCCGGCGCGGAGCCUGCACGGGGACUGACGCCGGGAGCCGCUCCGCCGCCCGGCUCCGGCGGGAUGCGCUCGCCGCCGCCUUCAUGCCGGCAGGAGGGACUCUGAGCCGCCGCUCCGCGCCCUGCGAGCCCCUCGGGCAGGGACCCCGGGCAGCGGCGGGGCUCCGGACGGGAGCCGUGCACGCAUCGCCCGCCGGCGGCCCCCGGUGAAGGCGCCCGCUGCAGCCGGCACUGAGAGGGGGGCACCCCUGAGCCUUUCGUCGCCGAGACAAGCGGCGCAUCCCGGGGUGGCGGCGGGUCCCACCCGGCGGUCGCGAUCCGGUGCCCCAUGGUGCUGCUGCGGAAGCUGCCGGGCAUGCCGGGGUGGCCAACGGCGCUGGGGCUGCGGCUGCCGCAGAAGUUCCUGUUCCUGCUCUUCCUCUCGGGCCUGCUCACGCUGUGCUUCGGAGCCCUCUUCCUCCUGCCCGAUUCCUCCCGCUUCAAGCGCCUCUUCUUGCCCCGCCGCGCCACCGCCUCCACCUCCUCUUCUUCCUCCGCCUCCUCCUCCUCCGCCGCUGCCUCCUCCUCCACCCGCGACACCGACCUGCCCCGCAGCCCGCCCGCCGCCGCCGAGCCCCGCCACGCCAGCCCCGCCGCGCCGCGCCGCCUGCGGGAGAAGCUGCGCUCCGCCGCCCGCCCCGCGCCCCGCUCCCGACCGCAGGUGCAAGGCGACGGCGACGGCCGAGCCGAGCCCGCCACCGGCGCUGCCCCCGCGCGGGACACGCGAGCCCCGUUCCGCUUCGACUACGAGCGGUUCCGCCGCAGCCUCCGGCACCCGGUGCGGGGCAGGCGGCCCGGCGAGGACCCCGAGACCCGCGCCCGCAGGAUGAAGAUAAAGGAGAUGAUGAAAUUCGCUUGGGAUAACUACAAACUCUAUGCACUUGGGAAGAACGAGCUGCGACCGCUGACCAAGAACGGCCACAUCGGGAACAUGUUUGGAGGCCUUCGAGGAGCUACAGUGAUAGAUGCCUUAGAUACUCUGUACAUCAUGGAACUCGAGGAGGAAUUCCAAGAAGCAAAGAAGUGGGUGGAGAAGAGCUUUGACUUGAACGUGAACGGAGAAGCAUCCUUGUUCGAGGUGAACAUCCGCUAUGUGGGAGGACUGUUGGCCAUAUACUACUUAACUGGAGAAGAGGUCUUCAAGAGCAAAGCUUUGGAACUGGGAGAGAAACUUCUGCCGGCUUUUAACACCCCCACGGGGAUCCCGCGCGGCGUCAUCAAUUUGGGCAGCGGCAUGAGUUGGAGCUGGGGCUGGGCAUCUGCUGGAAGCAGCAUCUUGGCAGAGUUUGGUACCUUGCACUUGGAAUUCCUGCACCUCUCGGAGCUCUCUGGCAACCCCGUGUUUGCAGAAAAGGUGAUGAACAUCCGCAAGGUCCUGAACAGAGUUGAGAAGCCACAGGGUCUUUAUCCCAACUUCCUCAGCCCGGUGACAGGGAACUGGGUGCAGCACCACGUCUCCAUUGGGGGGCUUGGGGACAGCUUUUAUGAAUAUCUCAUCAAAUCUUGGCUGAUGUCGGACAAGAAAGACUCUGAAGCUAAAAAGAUGUAUGAUGAUGCACUAGAGGCAAUAGAAAAGCAUUUGGUCAAAAAGUCAGCUGGAGGAUUGACCUACAUCGCUGAGUGGAGGGGUGGUGUCUUGGAUCACAAAAUGGGCCACCUGGCUUGUUUCUCUGGGGGCAUGAUAGCCCUUGGAGCUGAGCACGCUGGAGAAGAGAGGAAGCAACAUUACAUGGAUCUCGCUGCAGAGAUAACAAGCACAUGUCAUGAGUCUUAUGCACGCUCAGAUACCAAACUGGGCCCUGAAGCCUUUCGCUUUGAUGCUGGAACUGAAGCCAUGGCAACCAGACUCAGCGAGCGCUACUACAUCCUGCGGCCGGAGGUGGUGGAAAGCUACAUGUACAUGUGGCGGCUGACACACGAUCCCAAGUACAGGCAGUGGGGCUGGGAGGUUGUGAAGGCCCUGGAAAAGCAUUGUAGAGUAGAAGCUGGUUUCUCUGGCAUCCGAGAUGUUUAUACCACAACCCCGACCCAUGACAACAUGCAACAGAGUUUUUUCCUUGCAGAGACUCUGAAGUACCUCUAUCUUCUGUUCUGUGAAGAUGACGUGCUGUCUCUGGACGACUGGGUGUUCAACACAGAGGCUCACCCCCUGCCAGUCAACCACACGAACUUUAAAGCCAGCGUGCAGCAGUGAGGCCACUGCCCAGGCCCUGCUGCUGCAGCCUCCUUGUGUUUCGGCUUUUCCUUUCCAUUAAAGGAAUUUGCAUUGUUCCUGAAAUGGUAUUUUGGGGAAUAGUCCAAUUCCGGACAGUAUUGUAUGGGGAAGAUGAAACCAUGAUGUAAGCACCUUCUUUUCCUCUGUGAGGAGCUCUAUUAGCCUGAUACUGAGAUGUUUAUUCUGGGCCAUAUUGUACACAGUUCAUAGACAUUCCUUUAUACAGAGAAUUUAUAUGAAAUCCACUGACUUUGCUUUAUAGUGGCCAAAGGACUGGAAGUUUGCCAUAAAAUAGACUUCACACACACACACAUCCUCCUUUCAUUUCUCAGUUUCAUUUUUGCCUUUUAUAUACUCAUGGAUUGAUCACCUUUCUAAUGAACAGUUGCCAAUAUAUGGUGCUUCCUAGGCACUUAGGAAUGGCAGGACAGGAGCAUGAGGAAGGGGAGAUGCCCUUUAUGUGAGAGAGCAGGUGGAGUGCAUGGAGCUCUGCCCAGGGAUAGAUGAGCUAACUGUGAGCUUAUGGGUUAGGAUUAAAGAGAAGACAUACAACUGACAUUAUAAUGGGUGUCUGCUGUAGGCCACCUGACCAGAAAGAGCUCACUGAUCAGUAAGACAAGGAACCUGAUUACACAGGACAUGGAAACAGUUGAAAUACCAAAUGUCACCUCUGUCUCAGUCUUUACUAGCAAGACUUGUCUUCAGGAAUCACAGGUUCCAUAGACCACGGGGAAAGGCUGCAGCAAAGAUGUACCUUUGGUGGAAGAGGAUCAGAUCAUGGAAUCCUUAAGCCAACUGUACAUAGAUAAGUCCAUGGGCCUUGGGAAUGCACCCACAAGUGCUGAGAGAGCUGGCAGAUGUCACUGUCUCAAUAAUCUUUGAUUGACCGUGGCAACUGGGAGAAGUGCCCAAAGACUGAAGUAAAGCAAAUGUUCCUCCUGUCAACAGGAAGGGCAAAGAGGGGGACCCAGAGAGCCAUGAGCUCACGAGGCUCACCUCAGUCCCUGGGAAGGCAACGUUAUCCUGGAAACCAUUUCCAGGCACAGGAACAACCAACAGUUCCUCAGGAGUAGCCAGCAGAGCUUCACCAAGGGGAGUCAGGUUUAGCCAACUUGCUACACUUCUAUGCUGAAAUGACUGGCCUGGUAGAUAAGGGCAGAGCAGCAGAUAGAGUCUUCCUGGACACUGUCAAAGGAGAUCAUCAUAGACAAGCUGUUGAUCUAUAGGCUGAGCAGCCAGAGAGGUGGGUUGAAAACUGGCUGAUGGUUGGGCAUUGGUGAUCAGUGGCACAAAGUCUAUUAGAGGCCAGUAGCUAGCAGAGUAUCACAGGGAUUGAUACUGGUCCAGUCCUGGUUAACAUAUUCAUUAAUGAUCUGAAUAAUGAGGCAGAGUGUACCCUCAGCAUGUUUGAUGAUGACAAAACUAGGAGGGGUGGCUGAUAGACCAGAGGGUCGUGCUGCCAUCCAGAGGGACCUCAACAGGCUGGAGAAAUGGGCUGGUAAGAACCUCAUGAAGUGCAGCAAGCAGAAGGGCAAAGUCCUGUACCUGGGAAGGAACAAGCCCAUGCUCCAGCAUGUGCUAGAAAGCAUCUUGGCAGAAAAGGACCUGGGAGUCUUGUGGACACCAGGUUGACCAUGAGCCAGCAAUGGGCUCUUACUGCAAAGAAGGCCAGUGGUAUCCUGGGCUGCAUUAGCCCCAAAGCAUUGCCAGCAGGGCAAGGGAAGUGGUCCUUCUCUGCUCAGCACUUGGUGAGCCCACAGCUGGAGUGCUGUGUCCAGGUCUGGGCUCCUCAGUACAAGACAGACAUGGACAUAGUGCAGUGAGUGCAACAAAGGACCACAACAAUCAUUAAGGGACUGGAACAUCUCUCCUAUGAGGAGAAGCUGAGAGCUGGGACAGUUUACCCUGCAGAAGGCUCAGGGGGAAUCUUUUAUAUAUACAUACAUUAGGAGGGAGGGUGCAAAGAGGAUGGAGCCAGGCUCUUCCCAGUGGUGCCCAGUGACAGGACCGGCACAAACUGAAACACAGGAGAGUCCUGAACAUCAGGAAACACUUCUUGUCCUGUGCUGGUGACUGAGCACUGCAUAGGCUGCCCAGGGGGCUCUGGGUGGCCGUGCUUGAGCAAGGGGUUGAACCAGAUGCCCCAGAGGCUCCUGCCAACCUCACCCAUCCUGUGAUUCUGUGGUGUCAAAGCUGUAACUAAAUCAAACGCUGUCUGCAGAGUUCUUGAUUCUAACGUGUUUUUGUAUACUUUUUCUGUGCUCUUAAAACACAUUUCCCACACGUGGCAUCUCAUUUCACUGCCCUUCAUCGGUUUUGUGUUUUUCUACUUUUCAUUUGGAACUAAAUGUUAUGAGUCACUUGUAAUAAUUUCACUGCUGUAAUAGUCAAAUCUGUGAAACAGAAUAAAGUCUUGUAACAUAAAAAGCAUGUUUGGGUUGAUCCUCUGUAAAGCCAUCUGCCAGAGACCUGCUACAUCAUGCUUGGAAUAACUAGGUGACAAUACUCCUUGAUUUCAAGAGUAUUUCACAAUAGAUGUUGAUUUCCAGAGUCCUGUAGCCAGUGUGUGUGGACAGCAAUUCCCAUCUGCACCAGCUCUCUUACACUGCUUCUUGCCCAUCUGAUAGGGGUUAGCAGAAGCUCUACUAAAUGUCUCAUUUUUCUAGCACAAAUAAAUAAUCCCCAGCCAA